UAUGCAAUAUUAUAUUGAAAACUAUGCUUAUAGACAGUUUGUGUUCAUUUCCUUAGAAUUUAAGUCUCCCACAUGUACCAAAGGCUCAUAAGUCAAUAUUAGAAUUAGACUGAAGUUCAUUGUUUCCGGGCCAGAGAGCUAUUGAAAAGCUCUUACUGUGACAGUGCCCCUUUAACCGGCUAGUUAAUGGUGCACGUGGAUGUGUGUGGUCUUUACUUUUUCAUGAAUACCAAGGUUCGUUCACAGGUAAAAAGCACAUUUUUUUCCAGUUAUUUUUUAUUUCUUUUUCCUAUUUUUACUGGACCAACCUCCAAUUCCUGGUAAGACUUCUCAGGCUGUGAUUACAGUACGCCAUAUUGGAAUUUGAAACCUCACCGGAGACGCCUUGCAUUUGUGAAGUUGAAAAGGCAAGAUUGACAGUUUCAUUACUGGAAAUGCAAACAAAGCUGUGCCAUCUAUAAUAUCGCUGUUGUAUUUCGUCGGGUAGGAGCAAAAGGACGAAGGGCUAACGCUCAAUACAUCAGCGCAACCACUCUGUUUCUCAGAGGCGUUUAACAUACCGUUUCAACCUUGUGUUGAUUUAUACCUUACCAUAAUAUGAAACAUAUUUUAAGUUUCAGCUCUAAACCCUCAAAGUGCUUGUAAAUCUCUGGUGCGAUCCAAUUUAGAAUGUGCCAAUGUUGCACAUGUGUUCCUAUGCACAUGGACAUGACGGAAAAACAUGACUUAACGCUUCAAAUAAGCUCAUUUCAGAUCUAAUAAGGCAGAAAAUUUCUCUAAGUACUAAGUGAGUAAUAGCAAACAAAGUAUCAAACGCGACUUUUUUUAAAUUGAUGCGACUUUUUUUAAAGUGACAUUGAAAUUUGAGCUUUUCGUCCCUGAGCUCAUACAAAGCGCAAAGGUGAUCAAGAAAAACAUAUCUUAAAAAGCAAAAAUCUGGGUAUGUGCAUUUCGGCCUCACGUUAUUUGUGUUUCAAAAAUCAGUCUGGAAUACAAGGAAUCGAUGGCCAUUGUAAGAAAUUGUGUCUUCUUUCUCUAUCUCGAAUUGCGAAUUUUCCAGGUUUUUCCGUCAUGUCAUGCACAUGUGUUCCUAUGUUGUUCCUAUGUGUUUCACAAGUGUGUUGGGGCUUCAGUACGCACCCCUUAUAUACUCCUAUGGCGGCAUCCUUUAGUUAGUACGACACUGACAGCCAUGGAAAGCUUUUAGGCUUAGCCAGUUGGCGUCCGAGGAACGAACCCCCCCCCCCCCCCCCAUGGGUGUGUCGGUUUGUUACCCUUGGGCUACCGUGACUUACCUAAUGUUUACAAUGUUGCUAAGGCUACCGAUGUCACACACUAACGUGUUACACUGCUAGUGCGCAUGGCAAUACACACGUGAUUAAUAUGGUUGGCAGAAUUCCAACCAUUUUUUCAGUCAAACUCUUAAAAUGCAGCUAAUUAGUAUAUAAUUUCUAGAUGCUAAAUAUAUCUUCACUACAUAUUUGACUAAUGUAUACCUGCGUGACAGAUGCCCGCUAACUUCACCGAGUUGCGAGCUGCCCGCUAACUUCACUCGGGUACAUUGUUCUCCAACAGCUGCUGUAGCUGCUAGUAGUAGUAUCUAUAAUGAUUUACCCAAUUAGAAAUACAAGCUAUAGUUUUAACUAGUAACUUGAAAGUUUAAUUAGGGCAAGCAAGUUCGAUGAUAACAAAGGCGAAUGAUGAUAAAAGAUGCGACGGAACUUACACGGAGAUUUUCCUCUCUGCUGGGAGACUUUUCGGGAAUGUUAAGGUAGCUUCUAUUUUCGCGUUGUUAAGGUAGCUUCUAUAAACAAACGACCGCAAAGAAUAUGCUUUUAGAAUUGACGUUAAUAAAUUAUACGGUUUUCCUUUUAUGCAUUUAAAGAACAACAUUGCACCAAAAUAGAAAGAUUAAUUAGUUAAGAGUUCAGAUGAAGGGUCGAGAAGUCAAGAACGACGGUAGACAACGUUGAUGAGGGUCUUAGAGGGAUUGCCUGCUUGAAGUCAAGAAGAAUUUUGCUUUCUGAUAACUAGCGAAAAUAUUGUUUAUAAGUCUUCCUACUGUGCUAUAUGUUAACAUCAAUUAUAAAAGAAGGGCAAUUAUAAAGGCAGUCAAACAGAGACUGCCAUGGAUCUAAAAAGGCAAGUUCUGCUUUUUCUGUUGGGAACCGUAUUUGUGAAGCAUGGUGUGACUGAGUUUUUCAUGAGAGACGGCGAUUGGACAUUUGGCCAGUUCCUGGAUGACGGAAGUAAGGCAUUUAGGAAAUCUGGAGCUGUUAUAUACAGUGCUUUGAUGGCAAAUCUCACUUCGUGUCUCUUUGAAUGCCUCUACCUGAACGGCUGCUUCGCCUUCAAUGCCGAGAAAAAAGAGAAAGACUUGACUUGCGAGUUCCUGAACUUCGGGAAAUCUGACUAUGCCAACUUUCUCGUGGACAACAGUACCUUUCAAAGUUAUCGGCUUAUGACCAAAUGCACAGACAACCCUUGCAAAAACGGCGGAGUGUGUUCCCCGCUCGAGAAUGGCGGAGAGCUGUUUAGCUGCACCUGCCCAGCAAGCCAUACGGGCGACGUGUGUCACUAUCUCCUCGAUACCCCAACUGGCACCCUCACCUCCCCUCCCUUCAAGUUCCUUGGCCCCACACUGUCCUUCAUGAUCGGAGGCGGCUGCGACGUGAACUACGAGCGAGCUGAGUUGUUGAUUGAUGGCGCUGUAGUUCACAAGUCUACCGGCAUAAAGAAGGCGGAUGGCUAUUGCCAAAGCGAGACCAUGGGAAAAGCAUCAUGGGAUGUCAGCGCAUACCUGGGCCGUACUGCGCAUGUGCGGUUGGUAGAUGCGUCUUCGGGAAACUGGGGUCACAUUAACUUCGAUCACGUGACCGAUUCCUGUCCUUAGAAAGGGUGACAUUAGCCUCGAUCACGUGACCGAUACCUGUUCUUAGAAAGGGUGACAUUAGCCUCGAUCACGUGACCGAUACCUGUCCUUAGAAAGGGUGACAUUAACUUCGAUCACGUGACCGAUACCUGUCCUUAGAAAGGGUGACAUUAGCCUCGAUCACGUGACCGAUACCUGUUCUUAGAAAGGGUGACAUUAACUUCGAUCACGUGACCGAUACCUGUCCUUAGAAAGGGUGACAUUAGCCUCGAUCACGUGACCGAAACCUGUCCUUAGAAAGGGUGACAUCAAUUUCGAUCACGUGACCGAUACCUAUCCUUAGAAAGGGUGACAUUAACUUCGAUCACGUGACCGAUACCUGUCCUUAGAAAGGUUGAAAUUAGAAGUCUCCCGUGAGCAACGGUUUACAACUCGUAAUAAGAGAAUGCUAGAAAAUGCUAGAAUGAAGAAUAUCACUAGGUGGACCGUUUUCGCCAAUUCAGGCGGUAUCCUAGAACGCACGCUUUCACCAUUUUCCACUGUACCUUAAAGCAAAUAAAAUAAAAUAAAGUAAAUCAAAUAAUUA